UUUGAAUAUUUUUUAGCUGCCGAAACGCUGUCACUCUGUUGCUGCCUUGACAAUUUUCCACAUAUAUAGUACAAUAGCAUUUGAAAAUAAAAUAAGAUGCUGUCGCAAUCUAUUUUAACCGGUAUCCGCGUACUACGCACUGAGGCGCGUCGCAACAUUGCCAUUGUUGCCCCAGCUCUGAGCAAGUCAUCCGAUCCCAUCCAGCAACUAUUCCUGGACAAGGUGCGCGAAUACAAGCAGAAGAGCGCAGGUGGCAAGAUGGUCGACUCGAAUCCUGAAAUUGAGAAAGAAUUGAAAAACGAGCUGGAUCGUGUUGCCAAGCAAUACGGCAGCGAUGGAAAGACCGAUAUGCUUAAAUUUCCCGAAUUUAAGUUUCCCGAUGUCAAGAUUGAUCCAAUUACACAAUCCGCUAACUAAACCACACUUUGUAUGAUUGCGUUAAAUUGUUUUAAGUUAUACCCAACCAGAGGGCUGCCUGUAUGAAAUGAACUCCAAUCAACAUAGCAAGCAACCAAACGACAGCAAAUAAAUCAUAAAACAAGAGAUUGGAAAACCUG